UGAGUAGCCUCCGCAGCCUCGACUCCCACACGAGUCGCAUGACGGGAUUUGGUUUAAAAAGACUGGAGUAGUUCGUGCAGCGAUUUUCUUCAGUAUUUUUGGUAAUAACCAUCUCGGGGCGACCUCCCUUACCCUGGCCUAUUUAAGUUAACUGGUUAUCGGAUAACGAGUGAAAAUGACGAUCGCAAGUUUGGAUCCUGGACCGGGACUCGCGGCACUGCAAGCAUGGGGCGGUCAGGUGGCGGCUUAUGGCGCUUCCAACCAGACCGUCGUCGACAAAGUCAGUCCGGACAUGUUGCACAUGGUUGACCCUCACUGGUACCAAUUUCCACCUAUGAACCCUCUGUGGCAUGGACUUUUAGGCUUCACUAUCGGAGUUCUCGGCUUCAUCUCAAUUACUGGCAACGGAAUGGUUAUCUAUAUCUUCUCAUCCACCAAAAGUUUAAAGACGCCCUCGAAUUUACUAGUUGUAAAUCUCGCAUUCUCCGACUUCCUUAUGAUGUGCGCGAUGGCUCCGCCUAUGGUUAUUAAUUGUUACAAUGAAACUUGGGUAUUCGGACCUUUGGCUUGCGAACUCUAUGCGUGUGCGGGAUCUCUAUUCGGUUGUGCCUCGAUAUGGACAAUGACGAUGAUCGCCUUCGACCGAUAUAAUGUCAUCGUGAAGGGUAUCGCCGCUAAACCAAUGACUAAGAACGGGGCUCUUCUGCGCAUUCUUGGUAUCUGGGCGUUCUCGCUUGGUUGGACUCUUGCUCCAUUCUUCGGCUGGAACAGGUACGUGCCUGAGGGUAACAUGACUGCUUGCGGGACUGACUACUUGAGCAAGGAUUGGUUCAGCCGCAGCUACAUUUUGAUCUACUCGGUCUUUGUCUACUUUAUGCCUCUGCUUCUAAUUAUUUACUCUUACUUCUUCAUCGUGCAGGCCGUCGCAGCUCACGAAAAAUCCAUGAGGGAACAGGCCAAGAAAAUGAACGUAGCUUCUCUGCGAUCAUCGGAAGCGGCUAACACUAGUGCCGAGUGCAAACUCGCUAAGGUGGCUCUUAUGACCAUUUCCCUAUGGUUCAUGGCGUGGACACCUUAUCUGGUAAUUAAUUACACCGGCGUAUUCGAGAGCGCACCCAUCAGCCCACUGGCCACAAUCUGGGGCUCUCUAUUCGCUAAGGCUAAUGCCGUCUACAAUCCUAUUGUAUAUGGUAUCAGCCAUCCCAAAUACCGCGCCGCGCUGUACCAGAAGUUCCCCUCGCUGUCAUGCCAGGCUUCGCCCGACGAAGGCGGUUCCGUGGCCUCUGGCGCCACCACCGUCUCAGAGGAGAAACCGGCUGCCUAGACUGGGCGCUUCUGAGGCACGAGUAUCUAUACAAUCUACGAACAAGCUGCGAAUGUCGAAUGGACUCACGAUUUUGUCAAAGCGAUGUUAUUUAUUAUUUUUAUACGCAAACAUUUAUAUUUGUACAAAGUUAUAAAUUUGUACACAGAUC